CUCGAUUUGAACUAAUUUAACCGCGUGUGGAUGACGUCAUCAUUUUUAUUGAUGAUAUUGUUAAGCAAAGUCUGCACACGUUUGUUUUCAAGCGUCGAUUUAUGGAGCCAAUGAUUGUGGCUAGUCUACACAGUGUUGAGCUAUCAAAUACCCGGCCAUUAGAAGGCUCUAGGAGAAUGUCCUUAGUGGAUUUAGGCAAACGUUUGCUUGAAGCUGCCAAAAGAGGUGAAACUGAUACUGUCAGAGCUCUCAUGUCCAAUGGAGCUCCAUUCACUACAGACUGGUUGGGCACUUCCCCCCUGCACUUUGCUGCACAGUAUGGUCACCAGGAGACUGCAGAGGUUUUAUUGCGGGCAGGUAUCAGUCGUGAUGCACGGACAAAGGUUGACAGAACGCCAUUGCACGUGGCAUCACAGGAAGGUCAUGUUGCCAUUGUCCAGUUGUUGAUUGGGAGUAAUGCAGACAUUGAUGCUAAAGAUAUGCUAAAGAUGACACCCCUCCACUGGUCGACAGAAAAAGGCCAUGUGUCAAUCAUUGGCCAGUUAAUUAGAAAUGGGGCAGAUGUUACACUUGAGGACAAGUUUAACCGCACCCCGCUGGACAUAGCACUGGCUAAUGGACGUACAGAUAUAGCCCAGCUGCUUCAGCUCCACCAAGAUGCAUCUGGAGUGCUUGAAGACUCAGACACCAUCACCAUAGAGACUCCAGAAACCUUGGUCACAGAGACUGUCUCCACUAGUGAUGGGGUGGACGGACUGGUCAUAGACACUGAUAAAUUCGUUUCUUUUCGCUCAGUGAUCAAAUCAGAACCCGAUGACUCAACAGACCAGAGUAGCACAUCUGUACUGGCCACACUGGCUGCAUUGGCUGAGGCUACAGCUCCCAAUUCUGAUCAGACAUCAACAUCAGAGGCCAUGAGUUGGUUGGAGAGUCAGGGGAUUACCAUGAUAUCCAGUGAUGGCAGUUUGAUCACAUCUGCUGUAGAGAGUGGCCAAACCAUCACACUCACAGAGGCAGGUAAAAUAGCAUUGAACCAGUUCAUCCAGCAAGAGGCAGCCUUGGUUGGUGAGGCCACUGAAGAGGAUGGUGAGGAAAUGGCAGAAGGUAUUGGGGAGGAGAUCACAGAGGAGGCAAUAGUUGAACACACAGGCGCUCAUGUUGAGGGGGGGGAUGAGGAGGACGGGGAGCAUGUGAUUACCAUUAUAACAAGAGCAGAGGAUGAUUCAGACGAGGAGGGCGGAGAAAUCAUUAUGGAGGAGGCAAUAAUCCAUGAGGAACAGGAAGGAGUGAUGAGCCACAUGACAGAUGAGGAUGGGAACUUGAUCAUUGAAGAGUCAACUGCUGGUUUAAGUCAAGAGAGUCAGAUAGAGGCUCAAGUUGAAGAGCAAACAGAGGAGCAUGGAGAGCAGGAGGAGGGCAUUACAUUAGAGGAGGAGGAGGAAGUAGAGUUGGAGGAUGAGGGUGAUUGAGGAGAGGGGAGGGUGAGUGAGGGACUGGAAGG